UAUCAAGAAACAAAUCCACUGUAUAUUUAUUUCUUCUAGACAGAGUGGGGAGUCACUUUAACCUGAGCUUUUACAAAAUGAUGAUAAUAAAUGAUCAGUGAAUAAUGGCCAGCUUCCUGACCUGACCUUGAAAAAGCCCACGUGUAUUUUGGCAGGUGGUUAUGGGAUAAAAACCCUGACGUGUCUCUGAUAAGAAUUGUGUCUGUGCAUGUGCCACGUUGUCAAACAGUAAGCACAGUGGUAAAUUCAGCCCCUCGCUAAUUUCAUUUUCUUCAAAACACAGAAGGGGACAUCUCGUCUGAGCCAUGUCUGGAUUGAAUGCGUCUCUCGGAUACUUUGUGGCUGCUGUGACUUUUGUAGUCUCAGUUCGAUUUCUCCUUAAAAAACGGCCACGGUUCAGCUUCAUCUCAGAGUUUACAUCUUCUUUCAUGCUGGUGGCAUGUUGGCUGGAGGUGCAGACCAUCGUGGAGGUGGGCGAGUGGGCCGGGGGUUUGGGCCCUGAUGUGACUUUAACCAUACUGUUUGUGGUACUGCUCACACACGGUAUAAUCUGUGGUGACGCAUCAGGGAAUCCCAGCCUGGCUGUGCAGAAAUUCCUGAAGCUUGAGGCCACCACCGUAACCACACUGCUUGAUGUUGCUGCCCAGUUUAUUGGGGCUCACCUAGGCCUUCUUGCAGCCAAAUACUACUGGAGCCUGGAGCUGACAGACAUGCACAUGAUCAAAAAUCUGAUGGUCAGUGAGUGCAGCACAUCUCUGCUGGUUUCUGUGCUUCAGGGAUUUUUUACCGAGUUUGCCUGUGCCCUCGUCUUGCACAUCAUCCACUUAAACCUAUGCCGCCGAUCUGCUCUGAUCCGAGUACCACUGAUUGCUGUCCUCCUCACAUUCCUGUCCCAUUCAGCCAAAGGUUAUACCUCAGCUUACAUGAAUCCAUCACUGGCAUAUGGACUCACCUUCCACUGUUCUGGAUUUACCUUUGCAGAGUAUGCAGUGGUUUACUGGCUGGGCUCUCUCACAGGUAUGACUUUGGCUGUUCUCCUGUACAUGGGCCAUAUUCCCAGAAUCUUUGCCAAGAAUCUGCUAUACUCCCAGAAGACACGUUUCAGAGUGCCCAAGACAGACAAAGCAGAAAAGAAGAAACAGUGAAAGUUUUUUCUUAAAUGCAAAACUUGACUUACCAGU